CAUAUCCCAUAAACCACCGCGAAUCCAAACAAGACAUGCGUGCCGAUUAGUUGUCAAACGGUGGUUAUGGAGAUGAGAUGGGACUGACACGGGGACACUGUGACCGGCAUUCAGGAGCACGAUGCCACGCAAGAUAGGGUUUGUAGUGGUCAGCUCCUCUGGCCACGAAGAUGGCUACAGCCCCAAGGAGCUGAUGAUCCAUGCCCCCACCGUCAAUGGCUGGAGGUCCGACAGGUACUGCCCGUACCCUCAGGAGGUCACUCUGCAGAUGGCAGAGCGCUGUCGCAUUCGGAAGCUUCAGCUGCUGGCCCACCAGUACCUCAUCCCCUCCAUGAUCGAGUUCUACGUCGCCGACCGGACUCCAAGCCCACAGGGCUUGACCAGCCUCUCCGAGCACUUCCGCAGGCUCGGGUACGUCUCCUUGUCAGACAAUGAGAAGACGGGCUUUAGAGCUCGGGAACUCAAGUCAGUGCACGUGGACGCCGUGGGAACAUACCUGAGGCUGGCCUUCCACCGUAACUAUGACAACCGAUACAACCCAUACAGCCAGGUGGCGCUGGUUGCCAUUAAUAUUUUGGGAGACCCUGUGGAUCCCAAUGAAAGCAGCAUUAUUCCAACCAAGGAGCAACUGAUUGAGCAGUACCUGAACACCAGCCAUCAGGAGUCUCCCUUGGACAGCUCCUAUUCAGGUAAGCAUGAGAGCGCAUCUCCGCUGGAUGACCUGGCCUUUGACAUGUACCAGGACCCUGAGGUGGCCCACAUCAUACGGCUGCUGGACAAGCAGAAGCAGGAGAUGGUGCGGCUCGAGCGCUACGACGUCGCCAAGCAGCUCAAGCAGGCCAUCGCCGACCUGCAGAAGGUGGGGGAGCAUUUGGGCCGGUAUGAGGUGGAGAAGCGCAGUGCUAUUGAGCGGGAGGACUACGACACGGCCAAGGAGCGCAAGGAGCAGAUGGAGGCCUACCGCCUGCGUGUGUACCAGCAGCUACAGCUGCACAGCCUGCUGGAGGAGGGACAGCUGGAGUUCCUGGCUGAUGUGUCUCCUGAUGACCCUGAGGUUGCGUCUCCGCGUGUCCACCCCAGGAUGCCAUCGUCUCUGCCCCCUGCGGCGGCCCUGGGCCCCCAGCCAGAGCAGCCCAUCUCAUCCAAACUCUCCAGCCCCAACGAGACCCCCAGCAGCACACCACGCCGGCCACCACUGCCCCCGCUGACCGAUGUGAGCUGUCUGCCCUAUGAUGAGCGGCCCUUGCCCACCCUGCAGAGGCGUGAGCGGGGGGGUGAGAUGCUCAGCCAAUCAGAAGAGGCUCCCUCCUCCCCCCCCACCCUCCGCGACCCCACUGACCCCCAGCACAGCCCACGCAGUCCAGCGGCUGCCGGCCAGCCCGAGCCCCUCACCGAGACGGCCCAGAGAGAGGCCAGCCUGCCCAUCGAGGUGUAUGGAGACAGCCUGGUGGCGGGGGUGUACUCUAAGACCUGGUCCUACAGAGAGGACGCGUUAUUAGCCGUCUACAGGAAGCUGUCAGAGGUGCCGGCCGGUGCGUCCAAGAGUGAGCUCAGGAGUCUGAUGAGGGCUGCCGUAUUCCUGGUCAAGAAGGCUCUGCUGGACAAAGUGUCAUCGGUGUUCCAGGCGUCCCUGAAGCUGCUGAAGCUGCUGCUGAGCCAGUUUGUGUGUGAGCAGCACCUGGGCCGAGCAGAGGUGUCCCACUGUGUGGAGCAGACCCUCCCCCACCUCAUGGCCCGCACCGCCGACCCCUCCACACGCCUGCGUACCACUGCACUGGCCUUCAUACAGGAGAUGGCGCUGUUCAAGGAGGUGCGUGCGCUGCAGGUGGUGCCGGGGGAGCUGCUGAAGCCUCUGAAGGGAAGCGUUCCGCCUCGUCUGGCCAUGGGCCGCGUGGAGCUGCUAGAGCGCCUCCUGCAGGACAUGGGCACACGCGACUCUGGGUUCACUCUCGAUAACGUCAUGAAGUUUCUGGCAGGAGCCCUGGAGCACAGCGCCUCAUCCGUCCGGGAGACGGCCGUCAAGAUCGUCUUCACCAUGUACCUUGUCCACGGAGACGCUGUGCUAAGCUACCUCCCACCCAACGACGCCAGCACGCGCAAGAACGUCCUCUACAAGAAUAUCUUCGAUGGCUUCGCCAAGAUGGACGGCCGUGCCUCGGACGCCCAGACCCUGGGUAAGGGCGCGGAGCAGAAGGCUGAGAAGGAGCGUGAGGAGAUCAGAAGCCUUCAGGAGCAGCUGGCAGCCCUUAAGGAGAUCAGCGAGAAGGGGAAGGAGAACGCCAAGGCCCAGGAGAGGAAGGCCGGGAAGGCUGCUAAGACAGGAGGGAAGAAGGCGACUCAGAGCAGCCCAGGGGCCACGGAGGGACCCCAGCCAGCCACCACCAGCCACCUCGACAAUCUGUGUAUAUUCUGCGGGGAGAAGGACGAGUCGUUCACAGAGGAGGGUCUGGACCUGCACUACUGGAAGCACUGUCCCAUGCUCAAACGCUGUGUCCAGUGCAGACAGGUGGUGGAGAUCUCCAGUCUGACUGACCACCUGCUGACGGAGUGUGAGAGCAGGGGUGUGUUCAUGCAAUGUGCUCUAUGUUCAGAGGCAAUACACAAGGACCACCUGGGGGAGCACGCACAGAGCCCCACCUGCAAACCUCCUGUUUCGGGAAAAAAGUGCAACCAUUGUCCCCUGUGCCACGAGAACUUCUCACCGGGAGAGGAGUCUUGGAAGUGCCACCUGAUGAGCAGAGAGGGCUGCAGUCAGAACGCGCGGCGGACUGUGCUAUCCCAGAGGCCUCAGCUGUCACAAGGGAAGGUGCCGGGUGGCGGGGCAUCGAGGGGCUCCGUGCCGGGUGCCAGGGGCAGAGGGGUUGGCAGGGGCACCAGGAUCCCGGCGCCAGCCUCCAGAGACGGCCGAGGGGCACACGGGGUGCCCACCAAGAGGUGAGACGGCCGCCAGGACCCCCUGCUGAGGAGCCUCCGCUGGACAUGAUUCUACCACACACACACACACACACACAUGCAGACACAUUUAGACACACACACACAUGCAGACACACACACACACACACACACACAUGCAGACACACACACA